AACCUAAAUAUUUUUUCGUUGAUUUCUCUGUAAAAAUUUCAUUCGGUUAAUGUCGUUUCGUUUUAUCACUAAUUUACAACAAUAUUAUAAAUAUGGAGAUGUUUGCGAAUCCCUUUUGUAUGUGAAAAUAUUGAGUUACUUGGUUAAUAACUGUAAAUAGGUGUUUAAAUCUGUUCGAAUUAUUUUUACUGUCAUUAAAAUAUUGGUGAUUUAGAAUUAUGGUAAUUUAUAAUACAAAUACUGUACAAUAGUAGUUGCCUAUCCGUUUUACAUAGAAUUAUGAAACAAAUUAUAGGUCUAUAAGAGUCUCUGAGGUGUAUAUUAUCAUAUUUCAAUCAGAACAAUAUCUUGGCUAUGUAUGCUACAUGUACACAGUUGUUUAUUUGAAGAACUUAUUGCCAUAACAAGAUAACUGGAAGAAACUGAUUUUAUUUUAUCAUUUUUAUAUGUUGUGAGCAGAUGAUUUAUUUCAUUUUCAUUAAAUAUUUUGACCAUGGAUAAAAAUAUAGAAGAAAAAUUUGAACACUCAGUGAAUAAUAGUUUGGAUGAUUAUUUAAAUGGUCCUAGCAACAAUGGGUAUAAUCAUUCGCGGGAUACUACAUUAUCUGAUACAUUAGAUUUAGGGCCUUUACCUCCAAAAUGGGAAAAAGCUUACACUAAAAAUGGAGAAGUUUAUUUUAUAGAUCAUAAUUCAAGUACAUCACAUUGGCUAGAUCCUAGAUUAUCCAAAUUUCAAAAAAAACAAUUAGAAGAUUGUUCUGAUGACGAACUACCGUAUGGUUGGGAAAGGAUUGAUGACCCACUUUAUGGUACCUAUUAUAUAGAUCAUGUAAAUAGACAAACACAAUAUGAAAAUCCAGUACUCCAAGCAAAAAAUGCAAAGAAUCAUCAUGGAGAUCAUAUGUCUAAUGAACAAGAUAAUAUAACUAAUUUUAAUUGUAGCAGCUCAGAAAAUAUAAAUUCUGUUAAGCGAGAUUCUGGAUUAAGUAGCAAUUUAUUUACCACAAAUCCUCAUAAAUUGGUUGGAGAAAGAAUUCAUUCAACUCUUGUAAAAUCAAUCCGUGGCUUAGGUUUUACCAUUGUUGGAGGUGAUGAUACAAAAGAAGAAUUUCUUCAAAUUAAAUCAGUUGUUCCAAAUGGACCAGCUUGGUUAGAAGGAAAACUGCAAAUGGGAGAUGUUCUAGUUUAUGUGAAUGAUAAGUGUGUAUUAGGUUACACACAUCAUGAUAUGGUAAGUGUAUUUCAAGCGAUUGCUCCGGGAGAAACUGUAUGUUUAGAAGUAUGUAGAGGUUACCCAUUACCUUUUGAUCCUAAUGAUCCUAAUACUGAAGUUGUUACAACAGUUGCUGUUGGAAAUACUGUAGAUAGAAGGCAGCUUGAUGACUUAUCAUAUGUGGAUAGAGAGCUAUACAUGAUGAAAAUAGAUACUAGAUCUACUGUUAACGAUUUGUGCAAUCAAUCUGUCAAGUCAAUGCCUGAUUUGUAUGCACCAGAAGAAAUUAUGAGUGUUACUAGACCUAGUAGUACAGAUCUCAUUUUGGAAGAACAUCUACCAUCGCCAUUAUAUUUAACAAUGACUAUUGUUAAAGGAGUCAUGGGUUUUGGAUUUACUAUUGCUGAUAGUGCGUAUGGACAAAAAGUUAAAAAGAUAUUAGAUAAACAAAGAUGUCAAGAAUUAAUGGAAGGAGAUAUUCUUAUUGAUAUUAAUAACAUAUCAGUUCGUAAUAUGUCUCAUAAUAAAGUAGUGCAAGUAUUAAAAGACUGUCAAAUUAAUGAAGCUGCUUCAAUUAUAAUUCAACGCUAUGCUCAUAAUUCACCAGAAAAAUUUAGAGGGAGAAACAAAAAAAUUGAUAGUAAAACUACUAUUUAUAGGAGUAAAACACCUUCAUUUGAUAACUAUGGUGAUCGUGCCCAUAAUUCUAUGACCAAUAGAUCUAAGACACCAAUCAAUGAUAAUCGAUCCCAAAUAUCAAUUCAAAAUAACAGACUUGAAAAUGGUUCUGAAGAUACAUAUGUAAUGACUAACAACAGCUUAACUCUUGAUAAUUAUCAUCACCGCAAUGAUAAUAACUGGGUUAAAAUUAAUUCAUCAUCAUCUCAGAUUUGUAGCCCAAACACUAUGUACAAUGGUGUUAUCAAUCAUGCUAAUGGACACUAUGUAAAUACAAAACAACCACAGCAUUAUACUAAUCAAUUAUCCCAAUCCAUCCAAAAUAUGAGUUAUGAACAUUAUGAACUAAAUGCUUCAAAAAAUGAAGUGAGAUAUCUACAUAAUAAUAAUGAAAUAAGCCAAUUUAAUCAAGAAGGUGUAAAACCAAGUGUUAGUUACAUUACCCUUCAAAGACAAGAAUGUGGUUUUGGUUUUCGUAUUGUUGGUGGUAAAGAAGAAGGCUCACAAGUGUCAGUUGGACAUAUUGUUCCUGGAGGGUCUGCUGAUCUUGAUGGCCGUAUAAUGACUGGCGAUGAAAUUAUUAGCAUUGAUGGUCAAUCUACCUUAAAUACAUCACAUGAUUAUGUUAUCAAUUUAAUGGGACAAGCAGCUCGUAAUGGUAGUGUAACCUUAGGUAUCAAUCACAUUAAACCAGAUUCAAAACUUAAUUGUAUUUUAGCUCCACCAAAGCAACAUAUUGAUGUACAAUAUCCUUAUGAUGUUACGUUAACUAAAAGAGAUCAAGAAGGCUUUGGAUUUGUUGUGAUUUCAUCAUUGAACAAAGGACCUACUAUUGGAAGAAUAAUUGAAGGUAGUCCUGCUUUUAACGAUGGGCAUAUACAUUUAGGAGAUCAUGUUCUGGCAGUUAAUAACACAAAUAUUACAAAUUUAUCUCAUGGAGAUAUAGUUAAUAUGAUUAAAGACUCGGGUUCAACAGUUACUCUAACUAUAGGGGCACCUAAUGAUGAUGCUGCUAGCACUGUGUCCCUCCCUAUAUCUAAUAAGGAUCAUGAUUUAGAAGAAGAGCAGUAUCAUGCUAUAGAAUUAUCAAGAGGUCCUCAGGGUUUUGGGUUUAGUAUAAGAGGUGGUCGAGAAUUUCAAAAUAUGUCUUUAUUUGUAUUACAAAUUGCAGAAAAUGGUCCAGCAGCUUUGGACAGUCGAUUAAGAGUUGGGGAUCAUAUUAUUGAAAUAAAUGGUAUUAACACCAAAAAUAUGACUCAUUCAGAAGCUAUUGAUAUUAUUCAUAGUGGUGGAUCAUAUGUAAGACUUCUAAUACGUCGUAGUACAAAAGUAACACAACUGUCAUCAGAAAGUAAUGGUUUCUAUGAUACUCGUAAUAAUUUGAGAACUCAAUAGAAUUUUUUAAUUAAUAUGUUAAAAACAAUACCUCCACACUUUUAUUCAUAGAUCUGUGAUUAAUUUGAUUAUGAAAUUAGUAUGUUCUCAUAAUGUAUGACAUUUUUCUUUUUAAAUUAAGGCUGAGAUAAAUUUUAAAUGCUCAAGUCGAUUACUGGGAAAUGUUAAAAUUUUAUUAAAUAUGUAUUUUUUUAUGUACUUUAUGAUUGUUGAACAUAAUACAUUUGUAUAUUUUUAUUAAAUUUUGUUAUUAGAAUUAAUGUCUAAUUUUUCACUAUUGUUUAAGUUAAAAAUAUGUUCUUCAAUUGACAAAAAGUAUUUUUUUAAGUUUGACAAGUGAUAUCUGUAAACUAAGUUAAAAAUUAUGUUAUUUGGCACUAGUUUUAUAAAUUAUUUGAUUUUGAAUGUGUCCUUUUACUUCAACUUAUUAUAAUUUGGUGUAAUUUUACUUUAAUAAUACAAAAAAGUACUUAUAAUGAAAUAUUAGGAAAAUAUGAUUCUAUAUUUACAAUUUAAAUACCAUUGGAAAAAAUUCUAAUAGUAUUUUAUAUGUUAUUUACUUUGGUGCUACACCUCUCGUUUUUGAGAUAUCUUUAUUACAAUUGUAUAAGACGUGUGCCUAAAAUGAAUGCCAUAAAUCUUAUUUAUGUAUAUUUAAGGAUGGAACUGAACUGUAUAUAAUUAAUGAAAGUAAGAAAUUGAAUUUUUUUUUUAAUUGUUAACAAAUUAUUAUUGUUUUAGCAUUAAAUUUAAUUGUAAUCUCUUAAUUGUAAUGAAAUAUAAAACUAUGUGUCUAUAAAUAUUUUUAUAAUAAUUCCAUGCAGUAUUUUAUUUUUUGAAAAAUUUGUUUUAUAAUUUUACUAUAUAAAUAAUUUACUCAUUAAUGCAGCUUUCUAGAUUACCUUUUUUUUAUUUUAUAUGAUUUUCAUUUAUUUCUCUAUGUAACUUGUAAGAUAUCUCCAUUUUUGGAUACCAAAAGAUAUCUUAAUUUUUAAUCAUUUUGCAUGCUUUUUAUUUAAUUAAACAAUUAUAUUAGUUUAAUAUUAAGUAGUAGACCAAAUAUAUUUUUGAAUUAAACGUUUAAAUGUUA